AUGAAAUGUGCUGCCUUGUUUCCUUUGAUCCUUCUGAACUCUGGAAAAAUUCAGCAAACUGGCCAUCUAAGAUCACUUCUGCAAAUCAAAAUCAGAGCUUGUUCAUCAGCAGCACCAUUUUCGCCUUCGGUAAGGAUGGAAUCACCAAGCUUGUUGGGUCCGAAGAAUCCAACCACAAAUGAUGAUGAAGAAUCAGUCAAAGCCCUUUUGGAGAAAAUGAUCACCAAUCCUGGGAAAAUACAAAAUCAAGUACUUGAAGAGAUUCCAGCCAAGAAUUCCAAAACUGAGUAUUUGUCCAGAUUUUUUGCAGAUGCUAAUGAUGAUGAUGUGAAGCAAGUUUUCAAGAAGAAGGUUCCUUUGGUUGAGUACACAGAUCUCUUGCCUUACAUUGAAAGAAUUGCUAAUGGAGAACCACAUCACAUUGUCUCUGCUGAUCCCAUUCUUGAGUUUAUUUGCAGCUCAGGGACUACAGGAGGGAAGUACAAAUUGUUUCCUGGUACAGCUCAACAGCUAGGACUUCAGGCAUCCGUAAUCAAAUUGACUAGCUAUAUACUAAACAAGCACUUUGUUGAUGAUGAUCAGCCUCUGAAUGGGAAAAGAAUGUUUCUUUGUACCGUGGCACCUGAAUUCACUACUCCAGGCUAUUUGGUGGCAAGAAGUGGCAUAGCCAGUCUCAAGCGAAAAAGCCUGGCAGAAUCACCGUCUUUGAAUCCUCCCUAUGUUAUUAUCCCUCCAGAAGUCACAUUGUGUGAGGAUGUGAAACAAAGCAUGUACUGCCAGUUACUCUGUGGUCUCCUGAAGAGAGAAUCCGUUUUGGCCAUCGGGACAGUUUUCGGGGCGGGUUUUGUUCAGGUGAUUAAAUUUUUAGGGCAACACCGGGAAGAAAUUUGCUGUAAUAUAAGACAAGGGCGCAUCAGCGAUUGGAUUGAUGACCCCAAAUGCAGGGGAGCUUUAUCUAACAUCCUGUCUAGGCCAAUGCCAGACUUGGCAGACGAAAUUUCCAAGGAAUUUGAGAAAAAAUCAUGGGAAGGAAUCAUAAAGAAACUCUGGCCUGGAGCCAAGUUCAUUGAGGCUGUAGUGACAGGAUCCAUGGCUCAAUACAUCCCAAAGCUGGAGUUCUACGGUGGAGGGCUUCCAAUAGCUUCAAUGAUCUACGCCGCAUCUGAAGGUAAUUUCGGGAUAAACCUUAAACCUUUUGGUGAUCCUUAUGAUAUCAGUUAUUGUCUUGUACCAUGGAUGGCUUAUUACGAGUUCUUGCCGGUUGAUCCAAUCUCUGACGAUAAUGCUGAUAUUAAAAAUGGCGGAGUUGUUGAUCUUGUCAACGUGAAAAUUGGUCAGCAUUAUGAAUUGGUGGUGACUACCUUUUCAGGCUUGAACAGAUACAAAAUGGGAGAUAUUUUAAUGGUGACAGCAUUUCACAAGAAUGCACCACAAUUCAGAUUCGUGCGAAGGAAAAAUGUGGUACUGAGCUUACUGUCAGAUAAGACCACGGAAGAAGACCUAAUCAAAGCGACUUCAAAAGCCAUAAACAGCAUCCUUGAACCACAUGGUUUUUUCCUCACUGACUACACUAGCUAUGCCGAUUCGGGUUCCUUUCAUUAUGUACUGUUUUGGGAGCUUCAAAAUCAUGGAGAACUUGGAGUACAGGAUAAUGGAUUUGUUGAAAUGAUGAAAGGAUGUUGUAAUGUAGUGGAUCAAUCAUUGGAUGAUACAUACAGGUACUACAGAAUUCACAACACCAUCGGUCCCUUGGAAAUUAAGGUUGUGAAACAAGGGACGUUUGAUGCGCUCAUGGAUUUCACGCUUUCUCGCCGAAAAUCUACUUCUCCAAGUCAGUACAAACCGGUUAAGUGCAUUACAUCUGAGGAUGCCAUUCAGAUGAUGAAUUCCAUGGUGAUGGCUACAUUUUUCAGUGAAUGA